AUGGUGAGACACAGAAUGGCGAAUCGUUCUUCUUUGGUAGUGGGAUCCUUCUUAAACCGCUGCGAUCUAUUUGCCAAAUCCAAAUCCAAAUCCGAAUUCAAAUGCUCAGACAGUAGCAAAGCUCUUGCCUACGCCGAAUCGGAAUUGAUGCAAUCCGCUGAUGCUCAGCUCAACGUCAGGUUCCUGGUGAGGCACCAACACAAGGAAACCCUCGAUUUCUCUGUAAUCUCAACCGAUGGCAACUCUUUCAGACUAUUACACGAGGAUGAUGAGGAUCUUCCUCGCAACUUACUGUCUGUACUCGGAUUUGGAAACUACGGCUAUGACGUUUUUGGAUGUUGCGGCUCAUGGAUUUGGUUGGUAUAUCAGCAAAUUGGUUCCAUGCCCCAGGAUCUUCUGUGGGACAUGGAGACGGAUACGUGUAGAUUCCGCUGUCCUCCCUCGCCUUUCGAAACCAUUAAUAAUAGCGUGUGGGCUUCUGGCUUUGGGUUUGAUCCUUCAGCUGGGCACUAUAAGCUGGUCAGAUGUUGGGUGGACCGCUUUGAAGACAAGUACGCUGAGGUGUUUUCCCUGGGAACUAGUUCGUGGAAGGCCGUUCACUGUCCUUAUGACUUCCAGUUGAGAAACAGUUGGUUCCUUUCUAUUCACAUUAAUGGCUUCUACUAUUGGAUAGUUCAGGGGUGUAAUGACAUUUUAACCAUUAUGUCGUUCGACUUUGCUAAUGACCAGUUUCAUGCUCUUAUCCCUCUACCGAAGAAGGAAAAGUUGCGGAAGUUGAUGCAAGUUGCUCUAGUUGAGUUUGAGGGCUCUCUUGCGGCUAUUUAUUUAGAGUCCGAGGUCUAUCCUAUUUUUUUUGAGUUUUGGGCUUGGAAUGCGCGAGGCAGCUUCUGGUCCCUUGUCUCCACAUUCGAUAUCCCUGCAGCUGAUGCUCCUUGUACGCUGCUGAACCUGUACAACAAUGAUAAAUUGUUUCUUAAGGACUCCAAAGGUGACUUGCUGCUUUAUGAUCAUGAUACCAGACGGCUGGAGAAUUUCUCGAUCCCUAUCGAUAGAAAAGGGUCUGCGAUGUUUUUCCCUUAUGUCAAGAGCUCUGUUGGUCCUAGCUCCAGCAUUUAA